GCGCAGACUCACUCAGGGACGAGAGUCUCGCUUCCCACAGAGGAUUUCCAGUCUCAUAAUAAAGCUCUUAGGAGCUCAUAACCACCAGUAAAGCUGUAUAAGCACCGGGUUGACGGGUCCGAAGGCGCGUCGUAUGGGGAGCUGCCUGCGGAAAUCGCCAUGAGCUACAAACCCAUAGCUCCUGCGCCAUCCGGCUCCAACCAUACACCUCCAGGCUCCUCUGUGCCCUCUCCAUCCCUUCCCUCGUCAUCCAACUUUAGGCCGGCUUUUAGUGACUUUGGCCCACCCUCCAUGGGCUUUGUUCAGCCUGUCAAAGUGUCUCAAGGAUCCACCUACAGUGAGCUUCUGUCUGUCAUCGAGGAAAUGAGCCGCGAGAUCAGGCCGACAUAUGCGGGGAGCAAGAGUGCUAUGGAGAGGCUAAAGAGAGGUAUAAUCCAUGCCCGUGCACUGGUCAGGGAGUGUCUUGCAGAGACGGAGAGAAGCGCCCGCACAUAACCCUUUCAAAAGCUCCCUUCACUCGUCACUCUUUCCCUGUAGAAUAUUGUCCUCAUCACUGUUUUACAGCUAUAUCUUUUCACUUAUUGCGCUUUCCUCGACAGCUUUUUUAUAGGUGCACUAUGUCCUUCUUGUCUCCACUGUUCCCUGCAAUCCAUCACACCAUUUUGGUCAUUACAAACUUUCUGUGAACUGUGGGGUGAAUGCAAAAUGCAGUUUUUUAUCCAUUUUGAAAUUAGUGUGGUGAAUUGUGGGUAAAAAUGGAUGGGAAUGUUUUAAGUAUUAUUUGUUAAAUAAUGGCAAUUUGGGUGUUUUCCAAUGAUGAAAUCAAUGUUCCAGCUGCACCUGCGUUCAAGUUUUUUUUCUGAUAAUCACACUGCAACCACUGAAUAUUUUAGAAUUUUUAAGAUACCCCAUUUCUAUCGAUCCUUGCUUUGUUUUCCUAUUUUGUAGUGUAAACACACAUUACAUGUUUCUCAAUCCCAAAAACACUGUACAUCUCAAGUCAAUUUGUUAGUAUGGAAAUUUUGUAAACCGGAUUUUUGCAGUUAUGUAUGUAUAUCUUAAUUAAAUAACAGAAGAAAAAAAA